CAUUCCGGGGUCUGCGCAGGUUCAGUCGAGUUCUUUCCCGGUAAGAAGAUGGUGUCUGUCAAGAUGCACCCGUGUGUGUUGUCGGUUUUACUCCUGAACGUUUUCUGCAGCUUCGUCUCCUCUUUGUAUUUUCACAUCGGAGAGACCGAAAAGAAAUGUUUCAUAGAGGAAAUUCCGGACGAGACGAUGAUUAUUGGUAACUACCGAACUCAGCUAUAUGACAAACAGGCAGAGGAGUACCUGCCGGCUACUCAGGGUCUUGGCAUGUUUGUGGAAGUCAAAGACCCUGAUGACAAGGUUAUUCUGUCUCGUCAGUAUGGCUCCGAGGGAAGAUUCACCUUCACAUCACACACACCUGGAGAACAUCAGAUCUGUCUUCACUCCAACUCCUCCAAGUUCUCCCUGUUUGCUGGAGGCAUGCUGAGGGUUCACCUGGAUAUCCAGGUGGGUGAACACGCCAACAACUACGCUGAGAUCGCUGCCAAAGACAAACUGACGGAGCUGCAGCUCAGAGUCCGACAGCUGGUGGAGCAGGUGGACCAGAUCCAGAAGGAGCAGAACUACCAGAGGUACCGGGAGGAGCGUUUCCGUCAGACCAGUGAGAGCACCAACCAGCGGGUCCUUUGGUGGUCCAUCGUCCAGACCCUCAUCCUGGUUGCCAUUGGCAUCUGGCAGAUGAGGCACCUGAAGAGCUUCUUUGAGGCCAAGAAGCUGGUGUAAUGUUUCUCCUAGAGGAGAGUCUCAGUGUGUGUGUGACUGUGUGUCUUUGAUGCAGUACUGAGCAGUGGCAGCGAUCGCUGCUGUUGGAGGAAAUACUGCUGAGGAGACGAGAAAUCGGCUUGAAAACAACAUCUUUCUUAAUCUUCUGGAUGCUCUUAUUGUUCCCUCACUAACCCUGUUUGUGAAGAGCUUGUGUUUGCAGUAGACUAUCAGGGACAUGUUUUUACCUUUUGAUUGGGACUAGGUUUGUGUCAUGUCAGACAUGUAUGUUCGUGUUCUGUUGACACCACAAAAUUAGGCUCAGCAGCACUGGGACAGACAAACUAAACCAGGCAGAUGAAGUCAUGUCAAAUAAAGAUCAAGUCAUUUUUUAUUACUAUGAAGAAGAAUUUUCCAUUUUUCUUUCUUGUUACUGGCUUUGAGUAUGCAGCGUGUUACUGGCCGCUAGAGGUUUCUUUAGUUGUACAUCAGGUUUCCAUGACAUGAGAGUUUGAAACUUUAAUUUGGAUUACUAAGUAAAAUAAUUGAAUAAUUUGGUGAAACAUUUUCUGCAUCUUCCAUCUUCAGAUCAACCGAUUUCCAGUUGCAAAAAAAAACUUUAAAAUGGGAUAAAUUAUAGGCAUAUUUGUAGAAAACCGGCUUCAGUGUAAAUGUUUUUACACACCCAGCUACAGUUCCUCCAUCAGGGCUGGUUCAUACCCCGCCAACAUAAGUGUAAAUGGUGUCGGUCCAGAGCUGCAAGAAGGACUACAUUAACGACUUUGGUAACCACUGAAUCAUCAUUUUUCAAUCACAGAUAUCAAAGAUUUGACUGUUCAGCCUCAAAUGUGAGGACUUUUUUAUUUAAAUUUUAUUUCAUUAUAUUAAAUGCAGUAUAUGUGGAUUUGGUUAUAUAAAGUAUGUAUUGAUUUUGUGAUACAUUUACUGUUUUUUGUUUGUUUUUGUUUUUUUUAAAGUGCAAAACAAAAAAAACAAUUAGAAAAAAAAUGGAGGGUUCACUGAUGAUGGAUGGCUGCAGCUCUGUAGCGCUGUUCAGAUGAUGGCUUUAUUUAUGUCUCCUUCAGCCUCACGUCCUAGUUGAAUGCCCCCCCCCUCAAGUCAUGGGAAUCAUUUUCUGAGGACAUGCACAACAAACUCACCCUCAUGAAGGCAACGAGCUGCAGCCAUGACGUGCACGCUGAUGACAGUUGUCAGAGCUCUUGAUUGUGCCACCUGCUGUUAAACACUGCAGUGUUGGGAUUUUUCUCGGACCUCUCUCCAGCUCUUGGUUUGUGUCUUCACAUUACCAGAAUCUUGGCUUCGAUAGCAACACAGGUUUAAACACCUUCGAUUCAACAGCAGAGAUGCUUACCCGGCUUCACCAGGUGUUGCAGACAGUCUUUGUGGAAGUGAAAUGUUCUGUCACCAGGUUGCACUGAAAUCCAUGUGAUUCACUGGCCAUGAGCCAAACUGAGACUCUGGGCUAAAGACAGCCCAAACAUCUUUACAGCUUGAAACGGUUGCUUGUCCUUUUACUCUCUUAUAGGACUUAGGCACUCAGUAGAUGUGUGUUGCUCUCACAGGGAAGUGACUCAGUUCACCAUCCAGUGCUUGGUCUCUGAAGCCAGGCUUCAGCAGUCAUGUCAGAUGAGUCAGACGACAUGAUGCCCUCCCUUCUAAUGCUGCAGUCGAGUUUUCUGCUGCAUACUGACUGUAUUUGGUGAAAAUGUCAAUCGAAGCCAACACUGGUGACUGUGACGUCGUUGCUCUCAGAUGCAGUUUGUGUUGCACCUGUCAUUUUUAAUUUUUUCAGGCCACCUUAUUGAAAUCCCACAAAAUAGUUGCCAAGGACUCCCUGUCUGUUUUUACUGUGUCCAUACUGAAUGUAUGUUUCUGUGUCCGAGUCUGGUUUGGUGUUGGUCUGCCUAUUAAAUGUGGCUGCCGGGGACGCUUCCCUCUUUGUGCUUUUGUAUAAUUUAGAAUUCAGCCAGCAGGUUUUCUUUCUAAACAGGCCCUUGAAGGAAAAACAUUAUGUGCAAUCCAAUCAAGACUCAAUCUAAACAUACUUCUGCGCCCUGCUGGAGGUUUCCCAUUAUAUUUAAUGAUGAUAAGCUGAAGUGAUGACUUGUCAGAAAGCUCGUGAAGCAUAUAUCUGGUGAAGAAAGGCUUUGAAGUAAGGCCCAAAAAGUUGUGAAUACAAACCUCAGCUCUGCUUCACCAGCUCCUGACACUGGUCGAAUGAUCUUUACCUCAAGAUUUUCAAUUUUUACAUGUAGGACAACAAAAACAAAAAACUGGCAUGUACAGUUGAGUUUAAAUCCAAGACCCCAAAGACCCAAGUCGCUAAAUGUUCCACGUCCACACUGAGUUUGCUCAGUGAGAAACAAGCAGUAAAAAUGGUUUCCUCUCAAGUCCAGUGACAAGAAACCUGUGUAAUAAAUAAGAAUCUGAGGAGGGAAG